UUGAGUUUGAAACUGUGACUUUGUGUUCCGCCCGUAGAAAGUUCCUUGUUGAAAAGUUCCCAUAGAACGUCUGCAAAAGUAUCAAAUCUUUUUGAUAAAUUUAUCCCAUCUCCCAGCAUUAAUCAGUUUUUCUGUUCCGGUUGUGUGUAUUAUAUGGCAAAAGGUGUGAUGGAUUAUUCCUCUUACGUUGUAGUUGAUUGUAGUUGAAUGUACGCGUCGAAUUAAUCUGAUUUCCCCACCUAUACAUAUACAUUUAUAUACGCCUUGUUUAUUGAUCACGAGAUCAGAGCAGAUCUGACUUCCAGACCAGUUAUUUCAUAUGCCAGUUAUUAUUGCUUCCGUGUAAAUUGCGACGAAUAGUUUGAAUUUAGAGAACAGCAAAUAUAGAACAUACAAAUUUUCUUUUUCCAAAAAGUGACGACAAGCUAAAAUACUCUGCAUACGUUGUAGAGAUCAGUGGAGAUUUUUAUAAAGUGACAAUAGUACAAAGUGUAAUAUUGAGUCCUGCCAAGACAAAUAUUUAUUAAGAAAGAAAUAGAAUUUACUUAAAAUGACGAGUGAUUUAUCAACUGUGCCAUUCGUCGCUCUUUCUGCUGAGACCAAGGAAUAUAUUGCAAACAUGUUAAAUCCCACAAAAUUUUUAUCAAAUGAGAAUCGUUUACAAAGAGAUUGGAGAGGAUUGACAUGUUUCUUGGAAGAUAAGAUUAAUGCAGAUAUUAUGCCAUGGCAUGAGUUUCAAACAGAUCCAACAAACUACAUAUUAGAAAAGAUAGAGAAAAAUAUUACAAUAAAAGAUUUUCAAGCAAGAAUGGAACUGAUGGACAGAUGGGACAUUAUUGAUGAUACACAAAAAAUGUUUGAAAGUGACGCGGUAAAAUAUUUUGAACAACAGUACAGAGCUAAUUCAAUAAAUCAGCAGAUUGAAGACGACAUACUUACAUUAGACGAUGCUAAUAGGGUAAGACGAGGUUUAAGUAAAGCACAUUAUGAUGCAUUUCUUUUAUAUGCAAACGAGGAUGCUGAUUUUGCGAAAGAGAUAAUGGAAAAGCUUCGAACAGAAUAUAAGCUGAAGCUAUGUUGCUAUGAAAGUAUGAUUCCUUGUCUACGAUAUGUGGAUAAAGCAAUGAUGACGUUAAUAUCUAAGCGAUGCAAUAAAUUACUUGUUAUACUAUCACCUGAUUUUCUCAGAUAUCCAACAAAUCAAUCGCUCUUAAAUUAUGCGCACGUUCUAAGUUUUGAAAAACAGGAGAGAAAAAUAGUACCGUGUUUAUAUAAAAGCUGUCAACAAGAAAAUAUGCCAUAUCAUUUACAAUAUAUAUCUUGUGUGGAUUAUACUCGCAGAAGAUAUCAAGACUUUUGGAUGCUAUUAUUUUAUUCUAUACAAGCUCCAAAUGAUGAUAUUACAAGUAGUACAAUAAUAUCAGUAUACAGUCAUCAGUACAAAAUGAUACAAAAGCUUACAGAAAUAAAUACUUUGCCUGAUAAGCGUAGUGAUAUAAUUCAAACUACUCAAAAAACAGAUGAAGAAACAUCAAUACAUUCACUUCAGAGUGAAAAUUAUGUUACUAGAGAUGAUAUAGCUUUAAAUAAUGAGAAUGAAAAGAUUAAAAGAUCAUUCCUAGAAAUGAUAAAAGAUUUGUCGAAAAUGAUGACAAAAUCGAAUCGGGAGAAUUUGAAAAGUAACCAAAGUAAUGAGUCACAGGAUCAAUUUAUUACAGAGACAACAAUUCUGUGUCUGCCAUCAGUAGAUGAUUUAAGUAAGUUAAGUAAGUUCAAUAGUUUAAGUAGUUUAAGUUUAUCAAGCAAUGACAUAUGCAAAAACAAAAAAAUCAUCUGAUAAGAAAAAACGGUUUAUUAAUAUUUUUUACGAAGAAAAAAUUGCUUU